CCGUAGCUCACACCCUGGGCGUCGCUGCUGCCGCUACUGCUUAGGAACCAAACACUUCAACACAAACAGAGCCGGAGGGGUCUCUCACAUCCAAAGGGAAAGUUAAUAUAAAGUGGUGAAAAGAAAAAAAUGCAUUCGGCCGCUCUGGACAGCAGCGGUUCCCCCAGGAAGCGGACGAUUUCUCGGGGAAUGAGCGAGGAUGAGUCUCUGCGCAGCAUAAUAAAGGAGACCGAGAGCUCCUCCAGACGUCUGCCCCGCAGCGACAGCAGGACAGGGACCCUGAGGAAGAGGACUGACAGCCAGCAAUCCGACCAGGACCUCUUCAUGGGACUACCAGAAAUGUUGGAGCUGCAGGCCAGCUAUGACGAGGCGGUGCAGGAGCUGCGUGGGCUGGAGGUGGAGCGAGAGGCUCUGUUGUUCCAGGUGGAUGUCCUGCAGGAUACUUUGGAGGGCGUAGAGGAGCUGCUGGCCGAAGCCCAGAGGGAAGCUGGGCAGGCAAAUUUGGAACUGGAGCAGGAAAGAGCAGAGAAGAGGAAACUGGAGAGCCUGGUGUCCUCUCUGAUGAAGGAGGUGGAGAGAUUAAGAGAGGGAGAAAGCAAUCAGCCGACUGCUGCGUUGAACUUGACAGAUGAGGAGAAAGGCGAAACAGAUGCUGUUCUGUGCGAACCUUGUAUCACCAAACUUGACAACGCUGGGCUUGUUGCUGCGGAGGAAGCGGGACCAGAUAAAGGUUUAGGAGAAGCAGGAAGUGUCAUCACAAAGACGGGACGAGUGGUCAGCCAGAAUCUGGGCCUGCCGCCUUCUCUAGCUCUACACGACAUCAUCUCCACCGAUGGCGUUCUUCAGAGGCCCUAUGAAGGGCACACGGAGGACGGGCGGGAUCCGUCUCCUGACAGGAACGACUCAGACAAAAGCGCCUAUGAGGACGCAUCCGCUGAGACCCCAGAGCAGGACCGGACCUUUCCAGGCGAUGGAGACCUGCCUGAGGAUUCAGAGGAGAACGGGAAACAUCCAGCUGACGGCAGCCAGAAAGAGAUCAACCCUGAUCUCUGUGUUUUGUCUUAAAUUCAGCUGCUUUUAAAAGGGAAACUUUUUUUUUGUUUACAUUUGGUUUGAUUUUCACUUUUAUUAGUAUAUA